UCCUGCAAAGUAACGUUUGCGAGGCAGAAGGAAAUCCAGCAACAUGGCUAUGGUAUCAGAAUUUCUGAAGCAGGCGUGGUUCAUGGAAAACCAGGAGCAGGAGUGUAUUAAAAGUUCAAAAGGUAGCCACCCUGUCCAGUCAUACCCUACCUUCGAUCCAUCAGCUGAUGCGGCUGCUCUGGACAAGGCUAUUACUGUAAAGGGUGUGGAUGAAGCCACCAUAAUUGAUAUCUUAACCAAAAGAAAAAAUUCUGAACGCCAGCUGAUCAAAAGUGCCUAUCAGCAGUUGAAGGGAAAGAGUCUGGAAGAUGCCUUGAAAAAAGUUCUGAAAAGUCACCUGGAAGAUGUUGUUGUGGCUUUACUGAAAACUCCAGCUCAGUUUGAUGCUGAAGAAUUAAGGGCCUCUAUGAAGGGGCUUGGAACUGAUGAAGAUACCUUGAUUGAGAUUAUGGCCUCAAGAAACAACAAAGAGAUCAGAGAAGCCAGCAGAUACUACAAAGAAGUGCUGAAGAGAGAUCUGACACAAGACAUUAUCUCUGACACAUCUGGAGACUUUCAGAAGGCUUUGGUUUCUCUAGCCAAGGGUGAUCGAAGUGAAGAUCCGUAUGUGAAUGAUGAGCUUGCUGACAACGACGCCAGGGCAUUAUAUGAAGCUGGAGAGAAAAGAAAAGGAACUGAUAUUAAUGUGUUUGUUACUGUUCUUACAACAAGAAGCUACCCCCAUCUUCGACGGGUCUUUCAGAAGUACACCAAAUACAGCCAGCAUGACAUGAACAAGGUACUGGAUUUGGAGCUGAAGGGUGAUAUUGAGAACUGCCUUACUGCCCUUGUGAAGUGUGCCACAAGCAAGCCUGCUUUCUUUGCUGAAAAACUCCACUUGGUGAUGAAGGGCUCUGGGACACGACACAAAACACUCAUCAGAAUCAUGGUUUCACGCUCUGAGGUGGACAUGCAUGAGAUCAAAGCCUAUUACAAGAAGCUGUAUGGCAUCUCUCUCCGCCAAGCCAUUAUGGAUGAACUCAAAGGAGAUUAUGAAAGCAUCCUUGUGGCUCUAUGCGGUGAGAACUAACAAUUCACUCCAGCCCCGUUACUGAG